CACUAAUAACUAGGGGAGAGAGAAUUUGAGAAUGAGAAAGAAUGAUGAACGAUUGCUCCAUGAAGACUUGCCUCCACCAUGGUUCAUUCACGUAGAUUUUUUGGCAACACACCGAGAUGGAAGACAGCAACCUCAUGUCCAAGGGCAGCUUAGAUGAAAUAGACAAAGUCAUAGAUGUUGGCAGCAGACGGUAACCAACGGUGAAGUUGUGCCCCCUUUUCAUCCCUUUUCUGUGCUCCUAUUCUCUUCUUCCACUGUUUUGUCAGGUACUUUAAUUCACUUCUGAAAUUUCCAUCUAUCACCAGCACGCUGUAAGACAUUGGGGAAUUCGAGCUUUCACCAUAUUUGGUGACUUUCCAAUGCCAUUAUUUAAAGCACAUGCUGCCAGAUGAGGCCAAUUCCUAAUAUCCUAUAGCUAUAGUAAAGGAAAAAAAAAAACAUCCGGAAGAAGGAUAUAGUGACACACACCAAAAAGAGAAGCUUUUAUCUAAGGAUAGAAAUGGAUAAGACAAAGAACAUGAGCAGUAACCUUGCCACUCUCCUAAAUGUAUCAUGUAUAAACUGGUUGGCCAAAACACAGCUCUAGAAUUCAAUAUCGCUACCUUCUCAUAUGCAUGGUUUGUGCCUUUAUCAUAUAUUCACCUCACACAUGCAAUUGCCAAGCCCAUGAUACCCUCCAAGCUUAUUCACAAUGCUUCUCGUCAUCUUCAAUAUGCCUCAUUCAACCAAUCACCUCCUUCCAUUUUCUUCAGAUUCUCCUCAUUGUUGCAUCAAUUCUCUAACACCCUUUUCCAUGUUAAGUCCAUCCACGCUCAGAUCAUUAUCAAUGGUGUGUACAAUGAAAGCUUUCUAGUUGUAAAACUUAUCAAGGCAUACUCUGGUUUGGGUUUCUUUGGCAUUGCCCGCAAGGUGUUCGAUCAAUGUUCUCACCCGGAAACCUUUCUUUGUAAUGCCAUGAUGGCUGGGUAUUUAAGAAACCAACAGUGUAAGGAGGUUCCUAUUUUGUUUAAAAUGAUGGGGUCUUGUCAUAUAGAUAUCAACAGUUAUACUUGUAUGUUUGCUCUCAAGGCCUGCACCAGUUUGUUGGAUUUUCAGAUGGGGAUGGAAGUUGUUAGGGAUGCUGUUGCAGAGGGAUUACAUUUGCAUCCAAAUGUGGGGAGUUCGGUUAUAAAUUUCUGGGUGAAGUUUGGGAAACUUGGUGAUGCUAGAGCAGUCUUUGAUGAGAUGCCCGAAAGAGAUGUUGUUUGUUGGAACUCAAUGAUCGGGGGUUAUGUGCAGUGGCAGUGCUUUACCGAGGCGAUUCGGAUGUUCCUUGAGAUGAUUAAUUGCGGAAUAAGGCCGAGUCGUGUGACAAUGGCAAGCUUACUCAAGGUGUGUGGAGAAAGUGGACUAAGAAAAUUUGGAAGAUGUCUUCACAGUUGUGUCCUUGUGUGUGGCAUGGGCAACGAUGUGUUUGUGCUGACUUCUUUAGUUGACAUGUAUAGUAAGAUAGGUGAAACUAAUAGUGCUUCGUUGGUUUUCAAUAGUAUGUGCAGUAGAACUUUGGUUUCAUGGAAUGCUAUGAUUUCAGGAUAUGUUCAAAAUGGUAUGGUACAUGAAUCUUUUGCUCUUUUUAGCAGACUAGUUCAAAUUGGUGCUGGGUUUGAUUCAGGAACCUUAGUGAGCCUUAUUCAGGGAUGUUGUCUUACAUCUAACCUGAGAAGUGGAAAAUCCAUCCAUUCAUAUAUCAUUAGAAAAGGAUUUGAACCGAAUCUAGUUUUGUCCACUGCAAUUGUUGACAUGUAUUGUAAAUGUGGUGCCACAAAGCAGGCAGUUACUGUUUUCAGAAGAAUGGAUAUAAGGAAUGUAAUUACUUGGACUGCUUUGCUGGUAGGUUUAUCCCAAAAUGGCUAUGCAGAGGAUGCGCUGAAAUUGUUUUGUCAGAUGCAAGAAGAAAAUGUGGCUGCCAAUUCUGUGACUCUUGUUAGUCUAGUACAUUGUUGCACUCACCUAGGAUCUCUCAAGAAAGGUAGGAGCAUCCAUGCUCAUUUUAUCCGACAUGGUUACACCCCUGAUGCAAUUAAUAUAUCAGCUUUGAUAGAUAUGUAUGCCAAGUGUGGAAAAAUCCACUCAGCUAAGAAAUUAUUCAACAACGGAUUCCCUUUUAAAGAUAGUAUAUUGUGCAACUCAAUGAUUAUGGGUUAUGGAAUGCAUGGCUAUGGACAUCAAGCUCUUGGUGUCUUUGGCAGAAUGAUAGAGGAGGGAGUCAAACCAAAUCAAACUACAUUUAUUUCACUCCUAACGGCUUGCAGUCACUCAGGCCUUGUUGAAGAAGGUAAAACUUUGUUCCACAGUAUGGAAAGAGAUCAUGGCAUCAAGCCUAGUGACAAACACUAUGCUUGCCUCGUUGAUCUUCUUAGUCGAGCAGGCCAUCUCGAGGAAGCAGACACAUUGGUGAAACAAAUGCCUUUCGAACCAAGCACUGAUGUGCUUGAAGCUUUGCUCAGUGGUUGCAGAACUCAUAAGAAUAUCAAUAUGGGGAUACAAAUGGCAGAUAGAUUACUUUCUUUAAAUGAUUUAAACUCUGGAAUUUAUGUCAUGUUAUCAAACAUAUAUGCCGAAGCAAGACGAUGGGACGCAGUGAAUCACAUAAGAGGCCUCAUGAGGACAAGGGGACUGAAGAAAACACCUGCUUAUAGUUUGAUUGAAGUAGGAAAUGAACUUCACACAUUUUUUGCUGGUGAUGAUUCACAUCCUAAGUGGGAAGAUAUUCAUCAAUUGUUGGAAAACUUGAGGAUUGAGGUGGAGGCUUGUGGCUAUGUUCCUGAUACUAGUUGUGUGCUCCGUGAUGUGAAUGAGGAAAUGAAGGUUAAGUUGCUUUGGGGGCAUAGUGAGAGAUUAGCUAUUGCAUUUGGUCUUUUGAGCACACCAUAUGGAAGCUUGAUUAGGAUCACAAAAAACCUUCGUGUCUGUGUUGAUUGUCAUAAUGUUACCAAAUACAUAUCAAGAAUAGUUAAGAGGGAAAUUAUUGUAAGGGAUGCUAAUCGUUUCCAUCACUUUGUUAAUGGCCAAUGCUCCUGUAAUGAUUACUGGUGAUGAGGACAUGCUGAGAAUUAAGUUAUUUUUUACAAGAACAUCUUAUUUGAUGUCCAAAACUCAUUCCAUCAACCUUAGAUUUUAGCGCCAUUUCCACUCUUCGUUCCAAUACUCAAACCUUUCUCCUUUCUUUUCUUUUUCCCUGUCUCCCUCUCGUUUGGCUUGUGUUGUGUGCCAAUUGAAUACUAAUUUUUACAUGCUCAAAUGACAUUAUUCAAUUAGUAUUUGGUUGGGUUGUUUGAAGGUGGGGAGGACUGAUCUGAUUUGGACAUUGUAUGAGCAUAUGUUGGAAUCUGGUGUUGUGGCUGACAUUAAUGUUGAGACUGUUGGAUAGCUGGUACAGGUAUUAUGCAAGACAAGGUUUCGAAGGGAUACGAACUUCUUAGGCAUGUUCUAGGGAAUGGCAUGAGU